AUGAAUCGUCUUCCACCGGAGCUCUUGCACCAAAUAUGCCUCAGUCUUCAUGCCGAUGGGUUGGAUUCACGCACAACCCUUUCUAUUUUCAGCCGGCUCAAUCACACUUGUUAUGGAAUAGCGGCCCCUCUUGUUUAUCAACACCUUUCUGUCAUCUUCUGGGAUCGCCAGACCCUCCGAGAGACCGUCUCGGAGCUAACAGAGGAGGGCCUGGGGCGUCAGUUUGUGAAAUACGCUAGGAAAUUAUCUAUUAUAUGUCUGGAUCCAUAUACCGGCAAUUCACCACGAGCCCGUUCUGGGCAAUUGGAAGGCUACAAGCUGGGAUUAUCUCGUGAUGUCGAAGGCGACCUAGCUGCGAAAAACACUUUUCUGGAGUCUCAUUUGACAGAUCCCAGUUUAUGCCGUGCCGCAGCAUUUGAUCUUCUCACAUCUUGGUCGAGUUAUAGGAAAUCGCAAAGAGACUGGGACCCACUUGCUACCCUCAUCGCCCGCCUAUACCAUCUAGGACAAAUCGACUUUCUCGUUCAGGACAAUUUCCCAAUUUCAUUGCAGGAAGCUAUAUCACAACAUCAUCCAAACUGUCUGCUGAAUCUGUGGUCAUCGCAGAACGUGAGUACUAGUGUCCCAGGUUUAAAAAAGCUGGCAAACCCUCAAUUAUGGGAACAAAUAGCCGAUGACAACCCGGUCAUUGAUGUCAAUCUUCUACGUCUCCAGGGACUGCAUACAUUUGCAGUCCAAAUCCCCGGCAAAUCCGAUGGUAACUCCGGUCGUAUAGAGCUAGACGAGAUGCUGCCUUUCCUUUUUUUGGCUCCCAAUUUGAAACACCUUCUCUUGGAAGAUCCCACACGCCAUCGACUCCCAAUGGAUAUGCUGAAGGAAGAAUGGCACAAAUUUGCUGUUACCAUGCAGCCCGUGCCGAUAUCUUCCUUGCAAUCUAUUUCAAUUGGUCGACCGGGGCCAUAUGAAGAUAUCCUGCUAAAACUAGCGAAUAUCGUGGAUCUUUCCCAACUUCGGUCCCUUCAAAUCAAUGCGACACACGACACAGCCGUACUCACACGGGUGCCUGCGCUUUUCCCCAACCUCGAGCGACUUUUUAUCUCGACAAAUGGAUACGGUUGGGGGCGUCCAAGUCUCAGUACUGACGAUGAUAUUGGAAUUGCCGCAAUAAGGGCUUUCAAUCCCCUGAAAUACCUGUAUCUUGACGGAUUUCGCAGCGUCUCAUCUUUGAAUCAAAUUCUACAGCGCCAUGGCCUUUCUCUAAAGGGUCUUAUCGUUAUACCGUGCAUCCAGCCUAUGAAUAGGCCGGACGAAGCCCAUUUUAGAUAUAAUUAUCCAGAACUUGAUGCCUUUGACAUAAGCCAGCUAGCCAAGUCCUGUCCCCAGCUGGAAGAACUCCGUAUUCCGAUCAAACGAUCCAUGGGCAGUCAAGAAGAGUGCGAAAUGUACAAGGCCCUGGGUAACUUUUCAAGCCUGCGUAGCCUUGUACUAGAUCUUCAUUUCGACCCCAGAUCACGGCCAGUGUACCGAAUUGAACAAGUCGAGGCAUCUGUUCUUCAAGAGAUAUUCGUGAAUGCGACAAUGGAUGAGAAACUUGCUCUUCAGAUCUGGCACUUGAUCUCGUCCAACCAAGCUUCCCGUCGCCUACAGCACCUGCGUGUCGCGCCUUUUGGUCACGAGUCCCUCCCGAGAGACGAAAUACGGCUCCUUGAUUGGUGCUCUCCUACUAAGGAAGUGAAAGGUGAGAUUGAUAAAGUCAUCAUCUAUCUAGGCAUCUAA